AUGGCGGCCCCAAGAAGUGUUCAGCGCUUGCAGCAGACGCUGUCGCAUGUACAGUCUCCCAACACUCAGCUGUCUCUUGUCGCGGGUUCGACAGAGCCUGCAUUGUUGGACAUCACCUUGGGUGAGUUGCUGACGCUUCAAGCGCUGCAAUAUGGAGGCAUUGAGUGUCUGGUGUUCCCCUGGACCAAUGCGCGCUGGACAUAUGGCGAAUUGAAAGAUGAGACCGAGCGCCUGGCGCGAGGCAUGCUCGCCUCGGGAAUUCAGAAGGGUGAUCGUGUUGGCAUCAUGGCAGGCAAUUGCGAGCAAUAUAUCUCCGUCUUCUUUGCGGCCGCUCGGGUGGGAGCUAUCUUGGUGGUGUUGAACAACACUUACACCCCCUCCGAGUUAUAUUACGCACUGAAUCACAGCGAAUGCCGCUUACUGUUCAUGACCCCCCGAAUUGGCCGCCAUAAUCUCGAGGAAGUCCUUGUUGAGCUCGGUGAGAGCCCUAAGAAAACUGGCAAGUCGGACUGCUUGGAAGAGAUUGUGAUCUUGCGCGAAACCUACAAGAACUUUACGACCUACCACGAUGUUGUCGCUCGGGGCUUGUCGCAAGCCCCACACGUCCUGCAGGACCGCGAAGCCGAAUUGCGCCCUGACGAUGUCUGUAAUUUGCAGUUCACCAGUGGCUCGACGGGAAAUCCUAAAGCCGCCAUGUUGACCCAUCACAACUUGGUGAACAACUCGCGAUUCAUUGGCGAUCGGAUGAACCUCACCUCUUUCGAUGUUCUUUGCUGCCCGCCACCCUUGUUCCACUGCUUCGGGCUGGUCCUGGGCAUGUUGGCGGUGGUAACUCAUGGCGCCAAGAUUGUCUUCCCUAGUGAGACUUUCGAUCCCAAAGCUGUUCUGCACGCUAUCUCCGACGAGCGGUGCACGGCGCUCCACGGUGUUCCAACGAUGUUUGAGGCCAUUCUGAGCAUCCCGAAGCCUUCAAACUUCAAUACCGCAAACCUUCGUACGGGCAUCAUUGCAGGAGCCCCAGUUCCUCGGCCACUGAUGAAGCGACUCUUUGAGGAAUUGAACAUGACCGAAUAUACUAGCAGCUACGGUCUCACCGAAGCGUCACCCACAUGUUUCAAUGCAUUCACCACGGAUAGCAUCAAUACGCGACUGACCACCGUCGGGAAGGUUCUACCGCACGCGCGUGCCAAGAUUAUUGAUGCGCAGGGAAAUAUCGUUCCUGUGGGCCAGCGGGGCGAAUUGUGCAUGGCUGGUUACCAGCUGACCAAGGGAUACUGGAAGAACCCCGAGAAGACUGCGGAAACAUUCCUUACGGAUUCGGAGGGCGUCAAAUGGCUCAAGACCGGUGAUGAGGCUUCUUUCAACGAGCAAGGUUACUGCACGAUCACCGGUCGCUUCAAGGACAUCAUCAUUCGCGGCGGCGAGAACAUCUACCCUCUCGAAAUCGAAGAGCGAUUGACCGCGCAUCCUCAAAUUGAGCUCGCAUCCGUCAUCGGAAUCCCCGAUCAGAAAUACGGCGAGGUUGUUGGAGCCUUCAUCGCGAUCGCAGGUACCAACCGACCCACCGACGAUGAGUUGCGCGCAUGGACACGUGAAACACUCGGUCGGCACAAAGCCCCCCAGCACUUUUUCGUUUUUGGAGAGGAGGGAAUCUCGAGCACGGUUCCUGUAACAGGAAGCGGAAAAGUCCGGAAGGUGGAGCUACGGCAAUUGGCGACGGAUGUGCUGGCUCAGCGCCCAUAA